UCUCUCUCUCUCUCUCUCAAAAUAUCUACCAACACAAAGCUAGCUACCACCACCACCACCACCCCACACACACACACACACACCACAACACCCCAUUUGACACAAAGAAUCUUAAUAAAAACACAAUCAAUAGUUCCACCAUCAACAAGAAGAGGGAAGUAAAUGAACUCAGUCCUCUCCAUGAUAUCUCCUUGCAGUUCUACCACUUCUACCACUUCCAAGCUGUAACCCUUCUGUUCCCUCUCUCUCUCUCUCUCUCUCUCUCGGACGAAAAGAGAGAUUAACGCAACCCUAAAAAAGCAUAAAAAACCAUGACCCUCGAUGAGUCCCUUAGAUCUCUUUCCCUGGACUAUCUCUACCUCCUCGUCAACGGCCAAGCCUUCAGCGACGUAACCUUCAGCGUGGAGGGCCGUCUAGUCCACGCCCACCGAUGCAUCCUGGCCGCGAGGAGUCUCUUCUUUAGGAAAUUCUUUUGUGGGCCCGACCCGCCUUCAGGGCUGGACCCCGCUGGGUCCAGAAUCAACCCCGCGGCGACACCGGGUUCGAGGUCGGGUGUGAUACCGGUGAACUCGGUGGGCUAUGAGGUGUUCUUGCUGCUGCUGCAGUUCUUGUACAGUGGCCAAGUCUCUAUUGUGCCUCAGAAGCAUGAGCCAAGGGCUAAUUGUGGGGAGAGAGGAUGCUGGCACACGCAUUGCACCUCAGCCGUUAAUCUUGCUCUUGACACUCUUGCUGCCGCUAGAUCUUUUGGUGUUGAACAGCUCACAUUGCUCACUCAGAAGCAAUUGGCAAGCAUGGUGGAGAAAGCCUCAAUUGAAGAUGUAAUGAAAGUACUACUAGCUUCAAGAAAGCAAGAAAUGCACCAACUCUGGACCACAUGUUCCCAUCUUGUUGCGAAAUCCGGCCUCCCUCCAGAAGUCUUAGCCAAGCACCUCCCGAUCGAAGUCGUGGCCAAGAUUGAAGAGCUGCGCCUCAAAUCCUCUCUGGCUCGCCGCUCCCUCAUGCCCCACCACCAUCACCACCAGCACCAAGAUCUUGGUGCAGCCGCUGAUCUCGAAGACCAAAAGAUUCGUCGUAUGAGAAGGGCACUCGACUCGUCUGAUGUGGAACUCGUCAAGCUUAUGGUCAUGGGUGAAGGACUAAAUCUCGACGAGGCAUUAGCUUUGCACUACGCUGUAGAAAGUUGCAGCCGAGAAGUUGUGAAAGCCUUGCUUGAGCUCGGUGCAGCCGAUGUUAAUUACCCAGCAGGACCUGCCGGAAAAACCCCACUUCACAUUGCUGCAGAAAUGGUGUCGCCGGACAUGGUAGCAGUCCUCCUCGACCACCAUGCCGACCCGACUGUUCGAACCAUCGACGGGGUUUCUCCCCUCGACGUUCUCCGAACCCUAACAUCCGAUUUCCUCUUCAAAGGAGCUGUACCGGGGCUAACACAUAUCGAACCCAAUAAGCUCAGGCUCUGCCUGGAGCUGGUUCAGUCUGCGGCACUCGUUCUUUCGCGGGAAGAGGGCAAUGCAAGUGUUCCUACUUCGACCGCUAUAUAUCCGCCAAUGAGCGAUGAUCAUAGCAGCGGUAGCAGCGGAAACAACAUGGCGGCGAACCUUAACCUUGAUUCAAGGCUUGUUUAUCUCAAUCUGGGUGCGACGGCUUCAGGUCAAAUGAGAUCAAGAUCAAUGGAUGGAGAGGAUGACAGCAGCCACCAUAGCCAAAGGAAUUCUAUGAACAGGCAUGGGUCGCAAGGUGGCUGUGAUCCAACAUUGUAUCACCACUCUCAUGACUUCUAAGCUGAAUGAGAAAUAUUUGUGAUAAACCUGAUUAUAAUAUAUCCAUGGAUAGUGAAAGAGAAGGUCGAAAGUUCAUGAAAACUACUGAUCAUGGAAUUUAUUGGAUUAUCUAUUUUCCGCUUUA